AUGUGGACAACAGGUGCAACACAUAUGAUUGCUCGUCUAACGGGUUCAACAUUAUUCGCUAAUCAUAGUCUUACAUCAAUGUUCACAUAUAAUCCUCCUAGUUUCUCAACAAAAAGUGAAGAAUCACGACCACCAUCGGCUGAUGUUGAAAGCAUGAAAAAAAUAGAAAAAUUUCGUAAAUUACGUGGUGGUACAGCUUUUUCAUUCUUUGUUGCAGAACAGUAUGGUCAGGUGAAUCAAACAGAUCCAGGUUUAAGAAUGGUCCAAAUUUCUAAAAAGAUUGCUGAACUUUGGAAAGCCUUACCAGAGGAUAAAAGACAAGUUUAUGUAAAAUUAUCUGAAGAUCAAAAAGCUAAAUAUGAACAAGAGAAAAGCCGUUUAUCAGAGAAUGAUUUAAAAAUGCUUGAUAAUGAUAACAAAUGUAAAGUAAUUGAACGUGAUAUUAAAAAGAAUCUUAAAUUUUUCCCGAAAAAAAAGCCACAUUCAGCUUACAUGUAUUUCUUGGGGUCACUUGAUCGUGGCAAGGAUAACAUUGGAAAUUUUAUGGCCGGAGCAGCUCGCCGGUGGUCACAGAUGGCUGAACAGGAUAAACAAAAAUUUCAAGACCUCUAUGAAGAAGAAAAAGUAAAAUAUAAUGAAGCUUUACUGUCAUGGGCUAUGUUGCAAGAGGACCAAGGAAAAUUGCAACACAAGUCAUCAUCGUCUUCUCCUGAUAUACAUCAUGAUGAAGGAAAACCUAAAUCAACAAAAAAAAAGAAAGCAUCGGUGAAGAAAGUAGCUGAAGAUUCAUCGGAAUCCGCUGUUUCUGCUGGAAAAACAGCCCACAAGAAAUCAACAAAAGCAAAAAGUGACAAAGAGAAUUCGUCAUCUUCAUCUUCUGAAAGUGAAUCAUCGCCAAAAGUGAAACGAUCAAGCAAAACAACUGUUUCGGAGCACUCAUAA